AUGACCGAAGUAAAACCAAAGCGCCCAGUAACAGCUGAACAGCUGGGAUUGAAAACUUUGUACACUCCAAGUGCCGGGAAAAUAGAAAUAGAUAUCGUCGCAGUUCAUGGCAUCGGAGCAGACCCUGAUGAAACAUGGACAACCCAGCAGACUACCUCACGGGAGGAAGUCCAGGAAGUGGAUGGGGUCAAAACAACCAAACAGGUCGAGGAAGUCAGGACCACGAAUUGGUUGGCAUCUCCUGAUAUGCUCCCUAAAGCAGUCCCCAAAGCGCGGAUUAUGAGAUUUGGAUAUGAAUCCCAAUGGUACGGAGAUAGUGCAGUCAAGCAGCGACUCCCCACGGUCGCUCAUGCACUGCUAUUCUGGCUUGUUCAGGAGAGAAAAGACUGUAAGAACCGGCCGAUUAUAUUCAUAGGUCACUGUUUUGGCGGUCUUGUCAUCCAGAAGGCGUAUAAUAUGGCAAGAGCCAACGAAGAUGACGCUCCCGGCAUCGGUACCUCCACAACAGGAAUGGUAUUUAUGGGAACGCCCCACCAGGGAACAGGAUCAAUUACCUCUCAAGGUUUGAUGUAUAAAGUCAUCGCUGAGCAGUUGGAUGUGGAAGAUAGUGUGUUACGUGCACUGUCGGCCGGGGAUGAAGCCCUCGGCGAUGCACUCGAUGAGUUUAUGAGACUUGUCAACGUCUCAGCCGCCCGUGUCCAAAUAUUCUGCUUCUUCGAACAAAGGCAGACUAUGGUUGGAAAGGAAGUUGGUGAUGACUCUCUGAAGGAGUUUGUAGUUGACCAAAAGUCGGGCAGCUUACAAGGGCAUCGCAGUUUUGGCUUACCAUUGGAUCACUUCACGUUGACCAAAUUUCUCUCCCCAAAAGAUGGCAAUUUCAUGAUGGUUAAAAACGUCAUCCACGACAUGGUGCUUGAGUCUGCCCAGAUCAUAAAGGGUCGUAAACUAGCUCAAGCCUCGACAGACCCGAAGUCAGCAGAAACUACGACAGUAGCUAGUCCACAGCCAAGGGUUACCUACAGGCCACUUUCUAGGCCGCCGUUCCUAAAGGAUGACAAAUUUGUUUCCCACGGGAACAUCCUGCAGCGUGUUGAAGCAAAAUUCGACAAUCAAGCGAGAGUUGCUCUCUACGGCAGUUCUGGGGUCGGCAAAACCCAUAUUGCGGUUGAAUACGCCCACAAAUAUGGCGAAGAUCAUCCUGAUGCCAAGGUCCUUUGGGUCAAUGCUGGGACUAUCGAGGAAUUCGAAUACUCGUAUAGAACCAUCGGCACCAAGCUCUCCAUCUCGGCCUUGAGGGACGCGAAGGCCGAUGUUUUUCAUAUCGUGAAUCGAUACUUGAGCCAGGACGCCCAUGGACAAUGGCUGAUGAUCCUCGAAGGCGCCGAUAAUCAGGAAAUGUUUCAUCAGAGCAUUUCUGCCCCGCCCAAGGAAGGAAAAUCCGGUAAACAAAAGCGCAAAACCCUGCUCGACUACAUCCCGAAUUGCGCAAGUGGAACCAUCCUGAUCACAAGCCAGUCUCUUCGCCUGGCUUCUGAGCUGGUCAAUCAACAAAUGGAUUGCGCGAUAGAGAUUACUCCGUUUACCCGCGAGGAAUCCAUAUUGCUGGUCCGCAAGACACUUCGUGAAGAGGUAUGCGAUGACCAGAGCGCCCAGGAGCUCGUCGAGGGGCUACACCACUCGACCCUUGCAAUUGCCCAAGCAACGACAUAUCUCCUCGCUCAUGGCCCCGAGACUCCCAUACCCGAUUACCUGAAACUCGUGGACACUCAAACCUUGAAAUUGAGCCCCGAAAGCGAAUCCGACGCCGUCCGGACGUGGCAGAUCUUGUAUGAAUCGCUUCGACAGAAAGACGCCGAAGCAGCUGGGCUCUUGUCUGCCAUCUGCAUUUUGGAGCGCCAGACGAUUCCGGUCUUCUUGCUCAACAAGUGGUUCAAGGAUGCCCGCCAGGUCCGGGCCGCGCUCUCCACGCUCGUUCGUUAUGGCAUGAUCACGUAUUUUGCCAAUCGGAAAUCCAUCAGCGCGACGCGGAUGGUCCAGCGAUGCAUGCAGGCGUGGCUGGGCCAAAAGGGCGACACGGCGUGGGCGGAGGAGCGCGUUCUGUGGUUGGUGACCGCGUCUCUGGCCGAGGAACACGAGACGUGCGAGAUUCUGUACCCGUAUCUCAUCCGAGCGCUCGAUUUUAAGCCCACGUCCGGCCCCAGCAAGCUCCACCGGGCCGAGAUCCUGUUUAGCACCGCGGGAUAUGUGAAGCACUUGGGCCGGACCGACGACGCACGCCGAUACCUCACCGAAUGCCUGCAGCUCCGCAAAGAGCAGGAGGACGAGAGGGUCGAGGAGACGAAGAAGGCCAUCGAAGCCCUUGAGGCCACUCGGGACGGGCCGCAGACGACGGGAGCGGGUGCGGGUGCGGCUAAAGGGUCGGAACGUAAGGUUAGCGCGCUGGCGUUGGCGCGGGCGUCUAAAUGGCCCAAGGCGUCCACGGUCGGCGUGGCGCAAAGAUUCUUGCAGCGCGCACAGCAGUUGCUAGACCAGGAGGAGCACCACGCUGCCGAGCAACAAUCACAAGAGGGGCUCGAGGCGUGCGAGAAGACGUUGGGCGUGGACCAUGGCGACACACUGCAGAUGGCUGACUGCCUCGCCAUGACGCUCCAGCGCCAGGGGCGCCACGCAGCCGCGCUUGUCGUGCGCACGCGCGUGCUCGACUGGUGCACCGCGACAUACGGGCCGAACCACAUCGAAACGCUCCGCCAGACCUACAACUGCGGACUGGUGCACGAUCUGCUGGGCCAGUACGACCAGGCCACCAGUCUCUACCAGGCGGCUCUGGAUGGCAGCACGCAACUGCUUGGUGCCACCGAUCCGCUCACCCUGCGCGUGCUCAGCAGCCUCGCGACCGUGUAUGACCUGCAAGGCCACACGGCCGCGGCUGAACGCACCCUUCGCGAGGCGCUCGCGGGUCAGGCGGCUGUCCUGGGUCCCGAGCACCCAGAGACCCUCCUCACCAUGCACAAUCUCGCCCUGUGCGAGCAGUCCCAGGGCAAGUAUGCGGACGCAUCGGCCCAUCUCCUGCAAGUGCUGGCCGCACAGGAGCGCGUCCUGGGCCCCGAGGACAUGGCCACGCUGCGGACCGCGAGUAGCCUGGCCUUGAAUUUCGCUGUCCAGGGCCAGCCCGACCAAGCAGAGGCGUUGUACCGGCUGGCGCUGGACGGGCAGACCACGAGGCUGGGUGCCGCGCAUCCCGAGGUAUUGCACACGCGCAUGAUGCUCGGGGAGCUGCUCGGGAACACCCACAGAGCCGCCGAGGCGCGCGCCGAGUACCAGGCCGUCCUGGUGGAGAGGGAGAAGGCUCUGGGCAUGGAUGAUGCGGAGACCGUGAGCCUGAGGCAAAGGUUGGGGGCUCUUCAUGACGCUUAG